CCAUUGCGCCUCACACAGUGUGUGGUUUGCUCAUAGAGCGCCAGAGAAGGCGCUUAUUACCAUGCUAGCACCGGAACUCGCCGGUUUAGUGCGCGUGUUCAGUCGGAUCGGUGUGUCAUUGAUCGGUGUGUCUCUGAUGGUGUUUGCUUGGCGCGUUUCUAAGCGAUGGUGCUAGCGCGGUGGGGCUGCGCGCGGGGAAGCGGCUGUAGGUGGUGUGAGCGGCGCUAAUGUGGACUCGCACGUCUGGAUGUAGCUGAUUGGAGUCGGUACUGAUCGCGCAGCCGGGAGGGGGAGGAGGGCAGUUUCAGGAGUAGGGUGUUUUUUCUCUCCUCUCGCUCUCUCUGUGUGUGUGAGUGUGUGUGUGUGUGUGCGCGCGCGCGCGUGUGUGUGACUCUCCAGCGGCCAUGUUAACCAAGAAACCCUGUGCUGCCGUCUACCCGACUGGUAAAGGGGGUGAGCUGUGCACCGGGGCUGUCCGGUCUGGAGCAGGGAGCGAGCCGCCAUCACCCGUCACACUGCCGCCUCUCAGGAACGGCAACUCGCUCACGGUUGGAGGCAAUAAGAACACGAUGAAUGACCAUCUGCAUGUCGGAAACCACCAGCAGAUCCACGUUCAGCAGCUGUUUGAGGAAAACAGCAAUAAACGGACAGUGUUGACUACACAGCCAAAUGGAUUGACGCCAGUAGGCCGAACAGGUUUGCCCUUACCGGAGAGGCAACAAGAAAGCAGCCAGUGUAGGGAGGGCAGUUCCGCCUCCACCAAAUCCACUGAAAGCAAGCCCAAGGUAGUUCCUCUUUCUCCAGAUCAGGCCAUGAAGCACUACCUGUCCAAACUGACAGCAUUUGAACACCAGGAGAUUUUGAACUACCCUGAAAUAUACUUUGUCGGACCAAACGCUAAAAAACGGCCGGGUGUGGUCGGGGGCUCAAAUAACGCUGGUUACGAUGACGAUCAGGGCUCUUACAUCCAUGUACCCCAUGACCAUAUAGCCUACCGGUACGAGGUAUUGAAGGUCAUUGGUAAGGGCAGUUUUGGACAAGUAGUGAAGGCCUAUGACCACAAGGCCCACCAGAAUGUGGCCUUGAAAAUGGUGCGCAACGAGAAGCGGUUUCACCGCCAAGCAGCCGAGGAGAUUCGGAUCCUGGAGCACUUGCGCAAGCAGGACAAAGACUCUGCUAUGAAUGUCAUUCACAUGCUGGAGCACUUCACAUUCCGCAACCACAUCUGCAUGACGUUCGAGUUACUUAGCAUGAACCUGUAUGAGCUCAUAAAGAAAAACAAGUUUCAGGGCUUCAGCUUGCCAUUGGUGCGCAAGUUUGCACACUCUAUCCUGCAGUGUCUGGACUUCUUGCACAAAAACAGGAUCAUUCAUUGCGACCUCAAACCCGAGAACAUCCUCUUGAAGCAGCAGGGACGCAGCGGGAUAAAAGUGAUCGACUUCGGAUCCAGCUGCUUUGAACACCAGCGGGUUUAUACUUACAUCCAGUCACGCUUUUACAGAGCACCAGAGGUCAUUCUGGGCUCUCGGUAUGGGAUGCCAAUCGACAUGUGGAGCCUGGGUUGCAUUUUAGCGGAAUUACUAACAGGGUACCCUCUCUUGCCCGGGGAAGAUGAAGGGGACCAACUAGCAUGUGUCAUAGAGCUACUGGGCAUGCCCUCCCAGAAGCUUUUGGAUUCGUCUAAGAGAGCCAAAAAUUUUGUCAGCUCAAAGGGAUAUCCUCGUUACUGCACAGUCACCACCUUACCCGACGGCACGGUAGCGCUAAACGGCGGACGCUCGCGUAGGGGCAAGCUUCGAGGUCCACCUGGAAGCAAGGAUUGGGUAACGGCGCUUAAAGGCUGCGACGACACCCUCUUUUUGGACUUCCUCAAGCAGUGUCUGGAGUGGGACCCGGCUUUGCGUAUGACUCCAAGUCAGGCCCUGCGCCACCCGUGGCUGAGAAGACGCUUGCCAAAACCUCCCACUGGGGAGAAAACUACCGUAAAGCGAAUCACUGAGGGCACAGGUGCUAUAACCUCUAUCUCCAAAUUACCUCCCACAUCAAGUUCAGCCUCAAAACUAAGGACUAACCUGGCACAAAUGACUGAUGCCAAUGGGAAUAUACAGCAGAGGACAGUGUUGCCAAAACUAGUCAGUUGAAUACUAAACCUUUGUUUGCUUCUUUGUUUUGUUUCUAUAAAUGUAUGUGGAAAUAUUUAAGUAUGUGGAAAGGUGAACAUCCACAAGUGUGAAAGGUUUUAGGAAUAUAGUCUUUAAUUCAUCAGUUAUUUACAGCUUUGUAGCACCUUUUUCUUUUGUUUUGUUCAAAACACUCUUGUUGUUUUUAGAAAUACUAAAAUGGCCAAGAAAGAGGGAACAGUGCUUUUAAGUUUUUAUCUCAGGACUGUGUGGACCGCUGCGGUGCUUAUUCACGCAAUCUGGCCUAUUACUAACGAAGCCCUAAUCACUUUCCUCACUUCUAUCUUGUAGCUUAAGAGUAAAGACAAUGAAGUUAAUGGAGAUUUUGAUUGCGUGUCCUCGCUAGCGUUUAGCUCGCUACCUCUAUAACCGGUUAGAACAACACUGCGCUGAUGAAGGAGAAUUUUACAUGAAUUUUU